AUGGCAGAAGAAGAACCUAAAGAGUUGCGCAAGGAUAAUCUUAAAAUAGAGAUGAUAGAGAUCGAACAACCUGCUGCUAGCUCAUCAUCUUGUGCAUGUAAAUUGGAGGAUAGCUGCCCUGAAUUUAGUAAUGAGCCCUUCAAGACUGAACCUUCUACAAAUGAAGAUAUGAAGGAAGUGCGUAAUAUGAAUUCCUGUAGCUUAGUCAUGAAAACUGAACCUAUGGACUGCAAACAAUUUCAAUGUGAUCUUUGUCAAGAGUCAGUCGAUCAUUCCAGUUCACUCCGUUCUGACGGGGAAUGUGUUCCUGAUCCUCUGAAGACCAACCCUCAUUUAUGUAAACAUUUAGCUGGACAAAGUUUACAUCUUACCACUCAUAAACCAACUUAUAACAGAGAAAAACCUUAUCCUUGUAGCUUGUGUGACUAUAGAGCUAAAAAGUCAGACCAUUUGAAGAAACAUAUGUUAUCUCACACUGGUGAGAAACCUUAUCCCUGUAGUUUGUGUGACUUUAAAACUAGCAGAUCAGACCAUUUGAAGGUACAUAUGUUUGCUCACACUGGAGAGAAACCUCACAAGUGUGAUAUUUGUAACUAUUCUGCUGCAACUAAAAGUAAACUGGUGAUUCACAAACGAACUCACACUGGAGAGAAACCUUUUCCCUGUAGUUUGUGUGACUUUAAAACUAGCAGAUCAGACCAUUUGAAGAGACAUAUGUUGACGCAUGGAGAGAAACCUCACAAGUGUGUUAUUUGUAAAUAUUCUGCUGCAAGUUAA